AUUAAUUACUUCCGUGCGACGGCAUUUGGCGCCUUGCGCUCAAUUGUUUGGUUGCAAAGUCGGCACGAUCAGGUGCUCGAUCAGUCUCGUAGUGUGACAGGUACUACAGUAAUAUCCAGUUCUGUUGGAGUACGUAGAGAUGAUCAUAAUCAGGACUUCCGAGUUGGUCGAAUCAAGCAUGAACGCAUCAAGGUGCCUCGUUGUGAGGAACAGCUGUUUGAUUACGCGGUACGCCUACUGAAUUUUCAUGCAUCGCGGAAGGCAAUACUGGAAGUUGAAUAUGUUGGCGAAGAAGGAACCGGACUGGGGCCCACUCUUGAAUUUUAUGCUCUGGUUGCCGCGGAAUUCCAACGCAAAAGUUUGGCAAUGUGGAUUUGCGACGACACUGAGGUUGAUAACAUGGAGGGAGUGGAUCUUGGCGAGGGUAUGAAGCCACCAGGGUGA